AGCAUAGCUCUGCAUUAGCUUUCUUGAUAUUUUUUAUGACGGAAUCUGAGGAAUAACUCGCCCAGCCAGAAAUAUUCGAAUUUUUUUUACGUCUCUCCUGUUAUAACUGACUCAAAGGUAACAUUUUGAAGGGGUAACAGAAAAGACUCGCUUUCCCAGGGAGCUCGUGGUUUCCCCUCCCCUACCUCGCGCCUUCCCCUGUCGUCUCACCCAGGUUUUUUCGGUGUUGUUGUGGGAGCUAAUGAUGGCGGCAGCGGGAUGCGGAUCAGCAACCGCGGCUACUGGGGGAAGUUCAUGCGGUACGGCCGCUGCUAGGGGUCGUUUCCCGGGUCGGCCUUGGUCGUCGCGUAGUCGAUUGCGUUCUGAGAAGCGUUCACAGCUCGGCCGGUUUGGGACUGAAGCCGGAGAGACAGACAUUGGAGGCCCAAGGCCCUCCAACCUAGGACUUGCGCUAAACGACGACCCGUCGCACUUACGUUUACUUGGGAUGGAGGUUAAAUACAAGAGCCUGGGAGAGGCCGGUUACAACUCAAGCGGCAGUGAAGAGGGAGAUGAUUUUCGAGGGUUUGACCCUGAAAAUGAAGGCUACAGGAGCCCUUUACGCUCCGGACACAAUCCCUCAAAAAGCAAUACUCCGAAACCUAAAUUGUCAAAACUGACACAAGAGAAGCACCCUCCUGCACCUGCCUUUUCGUCAACACGAACUGCUUCACCAGUUCCUAAAAAGCCUUCUAAACCGCCCCCAGAACCUAGGCAGAAAUCUCAAGCAAACAGUGGCAAAGGUUCAAAAAACCACCCUUCACAAACAGCAAAGAAAGUGCCACCUCAGUCAUCGACAAGGGGAAAACCCAAAAACUCCACAAAGCCCAGAAUUACUGUCAAAUUGGUGUCAAAAAAGACAGUCAAGAAAGAACCUGUGGUUCAUCCGAAGCCCGGAAAAAAGCUAAAGGUGGCAGGUUUUAAAUUCCUUUCGAAAGCCAGGAAAGUACAAGGUGCCCAGCUCUCCAGUGCCCAUGUGAAGUUAAAGAAAGGGAGCCUAGCUGGAGGUGCAGAACCUGCAAAAAGCAGAGGGGGAAAAAGAGGACAAGCCACCGUCACGAAGCAAGGCGGGAGGAAGGCAGCAGAGAAAAUAGAACCCAGCAUUUUUCGUCGGAGGGCCAAAGCUAAUACUGAUGACCAAAAGACAGAAGGGGAGCCCGCUAUGCCAAAGCUGGAUCUUCCGUUGGGAGCUGUAAGUGCAGAGUCACAAACCGAUGGAAGGAAAUGCCGACGCAGGCGGAAAGCUUCGGAGACGAACCCUGAAGUCUUUAAACAAAGGAGGCGUAAAAAAAUAGGUCCACUGUGUGAAACUGGUGGGAGUCUCAUGACCGAAUCAGAAAGUCCAAGUUUGGAGGUCAGCACUGCAGAGAUCUCAACAGUGACAAGGGACAGUGCGGUACUUGGUGAGGAAAAGGAGAAAGUGUCAAGCAUAAAUGAGCACAAGGAAGACUAUCAGGUAACUGGCAUCCCUAUCCCUUUAGCAGUAGAGCCAGAAAAGUCAUCUGUUGAUGCUGCUGAGUGCCUACCUUUUGAAAGUGACGGGCAAGACAUGGGGAUCCCAGGACUGAAGCUGAAGAGGGUUAGGAAUCCCAAAGCUAUGCUGGCCAGUUCAGCCCGGUCACACUCUAGUGGACAUGGCUCCAAGGGCUCACGCAAGAAGCAGAGUAAAUUUGUGUGGACCCUGACGUUAGUAAAAGGUAAAAGCAAAGCCAGUAAGCCACAGGAGUCUGAAGAUCUUGGCAAAACAGCAGAGGGCGUGGGAGACUCCACAAAAAUUAACCAAGCUUCUUCCGAUGACUCUUGGGUGAUUAAAAGUCCCGAGAAGGUGGACUGUGAGGAGAUUAAAAUUGAGGACGCACCAGAAGUAACAAAGCACAGACGAAAACGAGCAAAGUCAUGUAAGCGGAGAAAAGACAAGUUAUCUGUAAGUAUUGAACUGGGAGAGGUGAAGCAAGCGUAUCCAGAUGAGGCCACACAAACGGAUGGAAAUAUAUUAAUCGAAGACACUGUACCACCACUCCAGCUGAAGGUGGUUUCCUCACCCGGCAAAUUCAACAGUUUGCAGCCGUCGUUCUUGAUUCGUCGAGUUGGUCCUGAUUCUGCGGAGAAAGAAUUAAUAGCGGAAACUAUCAGUGAUAUUCCUGAGGAAAAACCGGCCGUAUUGGAAGCUACCAUCCAGCCAGCUCCUAAAGUAAGGGUGAGAGCUAACCUCACUAGCUCAAGAAAGAAGCGUGGCCAUAAGCCUUGGACAAGCCACAAACGUAAGACUAAGAAGAAUCUCCCUGUUGAAAUCACUCCACAUUUACCUGUUGCCGAAGCUGAGGCCAAGACUGAGGAAUUUUCGGCAACAGCUGUUAUGCCUAAGCCAAGACGACGAAAGAGUCAGGUGGGAGUUUCAAGGAGAAAAAGGUUGUCUCCUGUGAGGAAGAAGCAGUGGCCCUGUGAAACUGUGGCUGCUCUUGAGCCCGCCUCCUCUGAACCUUUGGCAGUGCCCGACACGCAGCCAGAGUCGAGGGAGGAGGUUGCUGCAGAUCCAAAAGGAGAUGGAGAGGUGUUGGUGUUGGAACCUCCUGUGACAGAAGAACGACCAUUGUGUUUUGUGAGGAAACCUCGUAGACAAGGCAAGAAGCGUCGAAGGGCAUUAAUUGGUCAAAGGUUGAAACGUAAAGGUCAGCCUCCUAGAUUGCCUCAGGAGAGGUUUGAUGUUGAGGAUUACCGUUCGUUUGCCACCUCGACCCCUUCAAGGCCUAAACUAGUUGGUGUUCUGAAGACAAAGUACCGUAGGAAACAAGUUCCUACCUCAAGCCUUCAGUUUCUUGGGGUGAAACGUGCAAGGGCCAGGCCAGCGAUUUUGAGUAAGGAAUUGGAAAUGGGGUUAGCCCAGCAGUUUUUUGACCAGGAUGAGAAGGAUGGGGCAGAGGGAGGUUUGCAGCCAGCCUCCAGACAGCUGCAGAGGGGGAAAUCCAAGUUCCUCAAGAACAUCCGCCAUUUUAUCAUGCCUGUGGUUAGUGCUCGAUCCUCACGGGUCAUCAAGACGCCAAAGAGGUUUAUGGAUGAUGCAGGUAUGUCUGUUCUCCCCAAAAGGAGUACCCCGAAGAAAGGCCACCACUUUGGCCUGCAUCCACGGCUGGGCAGGAAACGUGAGGAUGGUGUUGUUGAGGACCUGACUCCUGAAAUGCCUCAGGAAAAUGAAGACACUCUGACAGAGCCCUCAUUGGAUGCUGAUCUGUCAUUAAGCCAGGAGACCAGUGAUGAUUCCACACUUGCCGAUGAAGGUCCGACCAUCGACAAUCUUUCGGGAAAGCGAAAGUCCCUCUUAAGGGAGCCCAGUUUCAAAUGGCGUGUGAUCGGGGCUUCUGGUGGAGAAGUGUUCACUCUCGCUAAACCCCGAGAGAAAGUUAGAAAAUACAAGAAACGGCUUUCCCCUAAAGGUUUCCUAACAUGCGGGGACCCAUCUUCCUCCAGUCCUGCCCUCCCUCGCAUGAAGAGGACUCCUAAGCUCUGUAAGGGGAAGACUCAGUCAAAGCUGUAUAAAAAACUGAAGCUGACCCCAGGCACUGGUAGAAAACGCCGGAAGAAGGAUGGGACCUGCUUUGCUUUUGGAAACCCCGCUGAUGUGGAAAAGAGAGGCCGAGCUGACGACGACAAGGGCUCGUGUGGGAUGAAGUCUCUCUCCGACACGGAGAACGAAAAACCCAAGCUGAAGAUCGAGGAUCUCAAUUCUCCCGGAGUCGUCCGAAAAGUAGCGGUGUGUGUCCGCGCCAGUGAUUCCGAAGUCCUGGUGUCGCAGAGUGGACCUCACACGGAGGAAUGGGAAAAGGAAAAGAUGAACAUGAACGCUGAGUCUCCUAGGCCCAAACCCAACGAUGAGACCUUGAAAUCAGAGGCUACAGAUCAGGAGCUGCAGCCUGAGUUGGACGGGAGUACGGAGAGCGACCGGGUGGUGUUGGAGGAGAAGGGCACCUCGAACCGCAUUCGUCUGACCAGUGCCAACAAGAGGAUGUUCCACCUGCUGAAAAGGGCCAGGGUCCAGCUCAUCAAGAUUGACCAGCAGAAACAGCUGAAGUCUUCCCAGCUUCUGUGCGGGUCUAUGAGUGCGGGAGCUCGAGAUGCCAGUGUGACAGGUGUGAAGAGAAGGAUGAAAAGAAAGGAGCGCAUUGAAGCUGGCUCCGCUAACAAGAAUGGGGCCCCUCAGGACCUGCGCCGGGGCGGCCCGCGGAUCAAGCACGUGUGCCGGGCGGCGGCCGUGGUGCUGGGCCAGCCCCGCGCCACCGUCCCCGAAGACGGGCCGAGGCUGAGCGCCCUGCCGCUCCACGAGCGGUCCGGCGCCUCCCCCUCCCCCACCGCACAGGGCCGGACGUCCCCUUCAGGGCCCGGAAGCCCCGCCCAGCAGGAGCCGAAGGUUUCUAAGGGGCGGGGCCUAGUCGUGCGUCCGCGAAGCGAGUACGGGCCCUUCGGCAUGAGGUCACGGAGGUGUGGGACCUGCAAGGGGUGCCACCACGAGGAGGACUGCGGAAAGUGCAUCAACUGCCUGGACAAGCCCAAGUUCGGGGGACCCAACACAAAACGCCAGUGCUGUGUGUUUAAGAGGUGUGACCGGAUCGAGGAGAGAAAGGCUCAGCGCCUGGUGGGCAAGUUCCACAAAGUUCACACAAAGCGGAGGAGGUCAUCUGCGAGCGGCUGUCACUCCAGCAACGACGAGGGCGAGGCGGGGGAAGCGGGGGGCCGGUCGCCGGCCACGCCCACGGCCGACGGAGAGAGCCCGUCGCUACGGAAACAGCCGCGCCGCUGCGUGAAACCGCGCUCCUACUGCGACCUCCUGGACUACGACUCGGACCUGGACAUGGUGGGCGGCUCCAGCUCCGCCUCCCCUGGCCGCCGCCGAGCGUCCGGGCCCCGCAGCCAAGACCUGGCGUCGCUGGACGGCUUCCCCGGCGGCGUUUCGGAGGACGGCGUGCGGCAUCGCCGACCCGGCCAGCACCGAGUCCCGCCCUGCCGCCGCAAGGUGGAAAAGAGCCCCCUGGAGCAGACCCCGCCCAGCGUCCUGGCCGCGCUCGCCAACGGCUUCGCCCAGAGGGAGAAGGAGCCGUCCGAGCCCUCGCACAAGAUCCGGGUCGACUUCAAGGAGGAUUGUAAUAUCCAAAACGUGUGGCUGAUGGGGGGCCUGAGCGUGCUCACCUCUGUCCCGACCGUGCCGCAGUACGUCUGCCUGCUCUGCGCCAGCAAAGGUCACCAUGAGAUGCUGUACUGUCAGGUGUGCUGCGAGCCCUUUCACCGGUUUUGCCUGGAGCCUGCAGAGCGCCCCCUGGAGGAGAAUAAGGAGAACUGGUGCUGCCGCCGCUGCAAGUUCUGCCACGUCUGUGGGCGCAAGAACAAACCGUCUAAGCCCCUGCUUGAGUGUGAGAAAUGCCAGAACUGCUAUCAUCCCUCCUGCCUGGGCCCCAACUACCCCAAACCCAACAAGCGCAAGAAAUCCUGGGUGUGCAUGACCUGCAUCAGGUGUAAGAGCUGCGGCGUGACCCCGGGGAAGAGCUGGGACUCGGAGUGGAAUCACGAAAAGGGCCUUUGCCCCGACUGCGUCAAACUCUACGACCAGGGUAAUUACUGCCCCAUCUGCUACAAGUGCUACGAGGACAAUGACUACGACAGCCAGAUGAUGCAGUGUGCCACGUGUAACCACUGGGUCCACGCCAAGUGCGAGGGGCUCUCAGACGACCUGUACGAGAUCCUGUCCAGCCUGCCGGAGAGCGUGGUGUACUCCUGCGGGCCCUGCAGCCUGACCCAGCCCAGCGGCUGGAGGGAGCUGCUGGACCUGGAGCUCCGGUCCGGGGUGGAGAAGGUUCUGGCCUGCCUGCUCACCUCCACCCUCACCCAGCACCUGGUCAGCUGCCAGGAGUGCGCCCCUCUGAUGGACCCUGACCGCGGGACAGAGGGCCACCCGGCCUGCGACCUCCGAGCUGUCGGCAAGAAAUUCGACAAGGGCCUGUACGCCACGCUGAAAUCAUUCCACGAGGACGUGGUCCAGGUUGUGCGGAAACAGCUGGAGGAGGAGGAGUCUCUCCCCGAAGACCAGAGGCCCACUGCAUUGGCCAGAUCCUACUACUUAAAGUUGCUGGAGGAGGUUUUCUGCUGGUUUAAUAGCCAAGACCCCAAGGUGUGGGAUCCGCGGUCCAAGGAACUGCCAGUCGGGAUGCUUCCCAACGCCGUCCUGCCCCCCUCCUCCGAGCAUCUGUACGCCCAGUUUCGGGAGCGGGAGGGGCAGGGCGCCGAGGCUCCGGCUGGACCCCACCGGGGGGACGACGACGACGGGGUCCCCGAGUUCAAGACGGAAGAGGGGCCUCACGUGGCCACCCCCGUGUCCCGAAAACCGGCCGUCGGCUACCCCAAGAACAAGAGCUUUCGGCUAAAAAUGAAAGGAAAGAAGGGGCGACCUUCAAAAGCUGAUCUGGACACCGGCUGGUCCAAGGAAGACGAGAGGCAGUGCGCCUUGUGUCAGAAGUACGGGGAUGCCAAAGCCAAUGAUGCGGGCAGGUUGCUGUACUUGGGACAGAACGAGUGGGCCCACGUCAACUGCUCCAUGUGGUCCGCGGAGGUGUUCGAGGAAGAGAACGGCUCCCUCAUGCACGUGCACAGCGCUGUCACCAGGGGGCGCCUCAUGCGCUGCGAGCGGUGUAACCAGACCGGCGCCACGGUGGGCUGCUGCCUGACCUCCUGCCAGAGCAACUACCACUUCAUGUGCGCCCGCACCCGCAGCUGCGUCUUCCAGGACGACAAGAAGGUCUUCUGCCACAAGCACAGGGACCUCAUCAGCGGAAAGAUGGUCACUGGGCAAGGGUUUGAAGUCCUGCGGAGGGUGUAUGUGGAUUUUGAAGGGAUCAGUCUCCGCAGGAAGUUCUUGACCGGUCUGGAGCCGGAGUCCAUUCACAUGAUGAUAGGCUCAUUGCAGAUUGACCGGCUGGGGGUGCUGACCGAGCUUUCGGCGAGCCAAGGGAAGCUCUUCCCUGUGGGUUACCAGUGCUCUCGCUGGUACUGGAGCACCAUGGACCCGCGCCGGCGCUGCAGGUACACCUGCAAGGUGAGGGAGGUGCGGCCUCCCGUUCAGGAGAGGCCCGUGGAGGCCCCCCCCGACCAGGGGGAGAACCGCACCAUCACCCACAGCUCCAGUCCGCCCUCAGAAACAGACACCCAGAACGCAGAGGCGCCUCCCCUACCUGUGGGCGAGGCACCCCCCAGCACCCCCUCACCCCUCUCCAAACCGGACCCAGGGGCUCGACCCAAAGUUCCGAGUUACCCCCAGCCCAGGAGACCCGCAGGGGGGAUGUUCCGUCCUCUGCCCUCCCCAGGUACCGCCCCGUCUAAGUCGCAUCACAUCCUGACCAUCAGCGACCUGGAGGAGACGCGCCGGCCCCGCCGGCACAGCCCCCACUCCCACAGCUCCGGCCCCCGCUGCCGCAUCUCCUCGCCCCCGCACGGCGCCCCCUCAGGACCCAUCACCCUGCGCGCGGGGGCGGCCCUGCACCCCAAAACGUCCCCGGUCACCGCCGCGCUCUUUCCUCUCGGUGCUACUGAAAACCUGCUGACCUCUCCCUCGGUCCGCCUUGCCGGGGGCCGCAGUACCUCCUGCUCCUCCUCCUCCUCCUCGUCCUCCUCCGUGCGUGUUCCCGGGAUUUCGGCGCCCCACUCUACCUCAGGGUUCUUCCCCCGGCCGCCCUCUUGGCAGGAUGGGCUCGGGAGCCCCCCGUUGCCCGUCCCCGAUGGCCUCUCCGCGUCCUCCGCCCUCCUGCACCACUCUCCCAGGCCCCGCGUGCCGUGCCUCGACCUGGGCCAGCCGGACUCGGCCGACGUGCCGCUCAACUUCAUGGCCUCGCCGGAGCCGAAGGACCUGGCCUCGGCUAACGGGACGGGCUCUUCCGGGAGGGGCUCCCGCCUCGCCUCAGGCCAGGGGUUCCCGUACGCGCCCUUCGUGGUGGACUCGGAGGUGGCCGUGGACUCGGUGCUGAACGCGGAGCUCGAGUUCGACGACGCGCUGCUGAACGAGGGCGGGGCCAUGCACUGCGGGGCUCAGAUCGUGGUGGACGGGGAGGGGGAGGAGUACCAGGACGGGGAGGCCAGACGGACCGCCCACAUCAGGGCCCUGCCUCGCCCCUCCACCUCGGCGCGGGAGGAGUGGGGCAACACCUCGUCUGACGAGGACAUGGAGAACUACUUUGACUUCUCCCGCACCGUCGUCGCCCGCGCCGCCCCUCCACAGGCGUCCCCGCCCCCCUCCUCCGCCUCCAUCCCCCAGCUGGACGGCGUGGACGAUGGCACGGACAGCGACGCCGGCAUGGCCACCAGCGAUGUCGCCCGCAACCUGAAGAGCUCGACCCUGAGCCAGAGUCAGAACCCGCCCCAGCAGGAGAGGCGCAGUAAUGGGCUGCCGGACCUCUGCAUGCCUUUCGCCAGCCCGUCCUCCGACGCCCUGGACAGACUGUCUGAGAACGUGGGCAGAGACGGCGCCUCCCCGUACGUGGAGGCCCCGUUCAAAUACCUGUUCCCAGACAACCUGAACGUGCAGGAUUCCGCGCAAGCGCACGCCAGCCUCGCGCACGACAGUCACGGCUUCCUGCUCCACGACGCCGCGGCGACGUCUGCAGGAGUUCAAGCGCAGGCUGCGGCGGCGGACCCUUCCCCUGAAUACCGCCACUUGGAAGCGAGCUCUGGGUCCCUGCAGCCGCCACUCAGCGUGGUGUCAGUGUUUGAGGACGCAGCGGCCUCUGCAGAAGAGCUGGUCCUGCAGAAGGGACUCGCGGAGCUUCACCAGCCGGCCGCGCGGUUCGUGGAGUCUUACGUCCCGCGAGGGGGCCUUGCGGACGGGUCGGUGGAGCAGGCCAUGCUGAUGACGCACGACUCAAACUCACAUGACAUGUCUGCGGGGAUCCUGGUCCAGGAGUGUCACGAUCUUCCAUCUCCGAACGCCUCUCUGACCGAUUUGGUGACCGUCCAGGAAGAGCCACCGGUGGAUGCGGAUUCGGUGGAGAUCCCCAGCGAUGUCUUCCUGGACCCCAGCAGCGGGCACUUCGUCUCCGCCAAGGACGGUACCGAGGUCUACCUGAACAGUCUGGCGGGACCUGCGGUGGGCACUCCUGCUUUGCCCGCCCCCGUCAAUGGGAGCCGGAACGCGGAGAGAGAUCCUUUCCUGCCUACCGAGGUUCCCAAUCCCAGCAGUGCUCCCACGGACCUUCUGCGGGUCAGCCCGUCACCGCAGCUCUCCGCGCCUGCCUUCAAACCAGCGCCGGUCCCCGGCCUCGGCGCCACGCUCGACCCGCUGCCGUCCGCGCAAAGGACCACGGUUUUGCCGCCCAUGGAAAGUUUCCGCACACCCUUGUCUCAUGUGGAAUCGCGGCUUCCCGCUCCUGCUCCCGCUCCUGCUCCUGCUCCCGCUCCUGCUCCUGCUCCUGCUCCUGCUCCUGCCCCUGCUCCUGCUCCUGCCCCUGCCGUCGGAGGCCUUGCGUACGUUUCCUCUGGUUUCCAGCCACGGCAGGAGACGGUGAUGUCGAUGGUGCCGGGCUCCGGGGUGCCCCUCGGACCCUACGGGACGGUGUCACUGCCGGUGUUCCCAACGCCGUCGCUCCCCGCGGGAUCCACGACUUUUAGCAUCGUGUCUUCCUCCCCCUCCACCACCACUUUUGCCGAAGGCCUGACUUUCCAAGUAAGGGAGGCCACCCAGUGCCAGCCUUUCUGCCCCGCCCCGCCCCAGCAGACGCCUGCUUCUGCUCCCAUCCUCAUAAACGGCUACAGCUCCGCGUCGUCGCAGAAAGACGCCUCUAGGGGGCACACCAUCUCCAUCAACUUCUCCACCCCCAGGACAGCUCUGGAGCCUCAGCAGCCCGUUCUGAGCCCGGCCGUCCCGGGUCACGCCAUCCUGACGGUGCGAGAGGUGGGCGUGGACUCCACCCCGCACGUGCUGCUGGUCAACCGCCUGGGCCAGAUCUUCGUCAAGAACCCGGACAGCAACACCUUCCACCUGCCCAGCCCGAACUCGCCGUCCUACGGCUGCGUCAACCAGAUCGCCAGCCUCCUCCAGAGCAACGCGCUGUCCGCCACCCUCGCCGCCGCGGGGGCCAUGAGCACCCCCACGGGCCCUGUGACCCCCGCACCAUCCCCACAGAUCGUCCACACUCCCGCCGCCACCACCCGCCUCAUCGCCUACAGCACCAACGGGGCAGUAUCUGCUGCCGACGCCCUCGUUGGGAAAAAGCCAAAAGCGUCUGCCAAGGACACCGUGCCUGGCGUCAAGAAGCCUAGGAAAAAGAGGGCGACGCCGACUACCAAGAGAACCAAAGCAGUCCCUGGCUCAGAUCCGUCGCUGCGGCCAGCCCCCGCCCCCCACCCCCCUGCAGGCCGAGGCAGGUCCUCGCUCAACGCUGCCAGCAGGAACGAGAGCGCCCAGUCCAUAAUCAACCAGGCCAUGGCCAGCAACUUCAACCCCAACCGGAUCGCCCACUUGCUGGGCGCCUCCCACUUCCGCGCCCCUCCCGCCCUCAGCAGGGUGCGGGCCCUGAGUACUGUGGUGCUGCCGCCGGUCCACCCUGAACCCGAAUCCCCGGCCGCCGCCCCCCCCACCCCUGCCACGUCGCGGCCCCGGUCCCAGGUCCGCAUGAAGAGGGUCUCCUCGCUGUCGGACCGCAUCGCCACCAAGAAAUCCAAAACCGACUUCGUCGAGGUGGAGCCCCCUUGUGUCGUGGAGGAGCCGCCGUCGGGGAAGGCCGUCAGCGCCGCCGCCAGCUGUCCCAGCCGGGCGGGGGGUGUUCGCAUCAAAACGCCGACCGUGAAAGGGGUGCUGGACCUGGACAGACUGAAGGAGGAGCGUCCCGGGGACCCUGAAAGCAUAAGGCCCGGACCGUGGGACCGGCUGGCCUCGGCUACCCGAGGUGACCUCGGCUACAGCCGGCCGCUGGCCUGGGAGAGCGUGGGCCGGAACGCGCUGACCGACUGGAACAAAUAUUCAGGUGCGGUUUCCAGCUCGGACGACGAGAUGCCCCCGCCGGACCUGGACGAGGAGUGCCCCCCCUGCAGGGAGCAGCCGCACCUGCGCUUCGAGAUCAGCAGCGAGGAUGGGUUCAGCGUGGAGGCCGACAGCAUCGAGGUGGCCUGGCAGGCGGUGAUCGACGGCGUGCAGGAGGCCCGCGCCGCCGCCCGGCUCAAGCAGCUGUCCUUCGCGGGCAUGACCGGGGCGCGCGUUCUGGGCAUGCUCCACGACGCCGUGCUGUUCCUGCUGGAGCAGCUAGAGGGCGCCAGCCUCUGCCAGCGACACACCUUCCGCUUCCACAAGCAGGACAGCCAGGAGGAGGAGCUGCCGGUGAACCCCAGCGGCUGCGCCCGCUCUGAGGUCCACAUGAGAAAGUCCACCUUUGACAUGUUCAACUUCCUGGCCUCUCAGCACAGGCAGUUGCCUGACAACGGCCCGUACGACGAGGAGGAGGACGAAGUCCCGCUGAAGUCCACCAGACGCGCCACCAGCCUGGAGCUGCCCAUGGCCAUGCGCUUCCGACACCUGGAGCGGACGUCGAAGGAGGCGGUGGGGGUGUACAGGUCUGCCAUCCACGGGCGGGGCCUGUUCUGCAAGCGGAACAUCGACGCGGGGGAGAUGGUGAUCGAGUACUCCGGCAUCGUCAUCCGCUCCGUGCUGACGGACAAGCGGGAGAAGUACUACGACGGGAAGGGCAUCGGCUGCUACAUGUUCCGCAUCGACGACUUCGACGUGGUGGACGCCACCAUGCACGGCAACGCGGCGCGCUUCAUCAACCACUCGUGCGAGCCCAACUGCUACUCGCGCGUGAUCAACGUGGAGGGCCAGAAGCACAUCGUCAUCUUCGCCCUGCGCAAGAUCUACCGGGGCGAGGAGCUCACCUACGACUACAAGUUCCCCAUCGAGGACGACAGCAGCAAGCUGCUCUGCAACUGCGGGGCCCGCCGCUGCCGCCGCUUCCUCAACUAGGCCCCGCCCCCCCUCUCGCGCGCGCGGCCGGGGCGGACGCCGGGAGGAGGAAAGAGCGGGAGCGGAAACAACGCUAAGAGCAGACGUCUCCAAGAAACCUUGGAUUCCUCAGGGGAGAGAGGAGAGGGGCGAGCGAGGGCGGAGGGAGGGAGGGAGGGGGGAGGGGCGGUCCUGGGGGGCCUGGGGGCGGGGUCACAGAGGCUCGUACACGUCCAGGUGCACACUCCUUCCUGUACUCAUCUGUAACGCCUCCAGCUGCUCAGACCGGCUUUCAGGUCUGCAUUGGAGGGGGGUGGGGGCGGGGGAAGUCUUCCUUUUUUACCUGAUGUUGGUGCAAAAGGCCCGUGGUUCAGGGUGGGGGUGGGGGGCAGGAGUAGUCGCAUACACUGCAGGAUGGAGGAAGUCAGUAGAAAGUUCUUAGGGGAGAUGACACCGGCUGAAACCAGAAUCUUGUUUUCUUUCGUUGCUAUUUUUGUGUUUCACCAGCAGUCACAACAACCAGCGACUACACGUUACUCUUAUCAGCGCACCUGUGGAUCUGUUGAGAUCAUCAGAUUACCAAGAACUUAACCUAAAUGAGUGUGUGGUGGUUUCGUCAGCCUGUGGCUGUGGGGGGGGGGGGGGGGUGUGGCGGCUUGCUGUGUCUCUUCUGAGACUCCCGAGCAUGCUUUAGAUGCUUCAGAUGCUGCUGCCCCUCCGCUCGCUUCCGGAACUGUGUUCCGUGGCUGAACUUUCCCACAACACGGAUAAAUAUGCCUGCCCGAGUCUCCCUUCGUCUUGCACAUUAUUAACGGGACGUACACGGGCCUCACUUUGAACACCCGUUCAAGUCCGAUUUUAUUUUACCCUGUCCGUCCCCUGCUGAUCUCCCAUCUCUGCGCCACUUCCUUUCAGCGGUGUCCGGCUCGGUUUCUCUUGUUCUGCUCGUUCGGUCUCGCAGGCUGGCUGGUGGAUUCUGCUGGUGUGCGGUGUGCGUUUGGGCAUGUCUGCCUGGUGGAAUCUGCUGGUGUGCGGUGUGCAUUUGGGCAUGUCUGCCUGGUGGAUUCUGCUGGUGUGCGGUGUGCGUUUGGGCACGUCUGCCUGGUGGAUUCUGCUGGUGUGCGGUGUGCGUUUGGGCAUGUCUGCCUGGUCCGUCUCCUCACAAGGCCGUUUGGAAGGCCUUUCUUGGUGCUAAAUUAACGUGUGACCCAUGCGUGUUCGUCUGAGCCAAACGGAUGGUGGGAAUAGCAUUGUACAUUCAAGACAAUCUCGUAAGAACGGAAUCUCAUGCUGUCUUUUUUAAACGAUUCGUUUAGUUUUUAGGUAAGCGAACACUACCUGACCCUAGUCGGGACUUUUCAGUCGUGCUGAACUUUACGCUGUCUCCGUAACCAUGGUAAUAUCAAUAACUUAUGAUGCAGUAAUAAUCAAAGACUUGAUUUUUUUUUGCUGUAGUUUUGCACAUUAGUUUUGCAUGAGAACCUUGUCUCACGUUUUGUAUUUCGGUGCUGAGGGAAAGACCAGGAGUUUGUUUCUCUUCGAAAAGGGUUACCUUUCAGUCAGUACCGGUGUUUUUUUCUGCGUUUCUGAGGAGCUCGCCGUGGCAAGGCCUUUUUGGGCAGGCACGUCUGUACUUCAUGUCUUUGUUUUAUAAAGCAGAGGGUUACUCCAAGACCAGCCCCUACGGUGUGAACAGACUACGCACUUGGGCACCUUACUGUCUGGUACAGUUAGCUCUAAGUACCCACCCUGACAUAAAUAACAAAAACAAAAAAAAACAAAAAA